AUGAUGAUUUGUGUCUGGCUCGUUCUUCUUUACACGCAUAUAACUAGUGCAAACAUUAACAAUGUAUCGUAUACUAUACGAAUUUAUUCUAAUUUAGCAGAAAUAAUUCGACCUCUUGAUAAAUUACCACUUGAGUUUGCUGACGAUGAUUGGAAUCAUAUACGAUCUGAUUCAAUUACACUAUUCGGUGGAAAUGUUAAUAUCAAAUUACAAACUAUAACAGAACAAAAAAAAGCGCUUAACGGUACCGAAGUUUACAUUCGUUCACCAAUAUCAUCAGAUGCAGCAAUUAAAUUAAUCAAGGGAAUUAUUAUUGAUGAAGCAAAUAAUAUAGUUAAAAUACACGAUGAAUCUAUUGCUGGCCAACAAGCUUUAUAUAUUACCGUGCCGUAUAAUCAAAUUUAUUAUCUUGAAGAACCAACCAAACCAAAACAUUAUGUUAAUUUUACAUAUACAGCUUCAGAUUCAAAUCUAUUUGUAAGUUAUCUUCAAUCGAAUCUCAAUUGGCGAACACAAUAUCAAUUAAAUUUAAAUCAUAAUGAAAGUGAUCUUAUUGCAAUGGCUAACAUUCGAAACGACGCAAGAUCAUCAGUAUUUAUUGAUCAAGCUGAACUUAUUUGUGGAGACAUUAAUUUACAAAUACAUCAAAUACAAUAUGAUCGAUCAUUUCGAAAAUAUCGAUCAGGUAGUGAAUCACAUAAUCAACAACAAGCAAAUUCGAUGCAAACAGUAUUUGCCGACACAAUGAGCCCAGUCAUUGUUGAACAAGGAAAAGAAUUAGCAGGUCUAUAUGUUUUUUCAAUCGAGCAACCAUUCAUAAUUAAUGGAAAAGCAAAUUAUCUCUUACCAAUGUUUCAUCCACAAGUUUCUGUUGAACGAUUCGGAUUAAUUUCAAAAACAUUUUCAACUAUGCCGAUGCAUGGUAAAGCUCAACGUUCAUAUCGUCUUCGAUCUGAUCAAUAUCUUUCUCAUGGAAAUUGUAUUAUAAGAGAAUAUGAUCGAGUUGUCGGUGAAAUAUCACUACCAAAUUUAGCUGCCAAUGACAAAUAUGAAUUUUCAAUUGGUGAAGAUGCUAAUAUUAUCUAUAAAGAAAAUGCCGUAUUAAUAUCGUUGAGUACUUUCAAUGAAACUGAAUCAAUGAUGAAAGAUUCAUUAGAAAAGAAUCUACCACUUGGAGCACCCAUUACACGUGCGAGGUACAUUUAUACGAUACAUUUACAAGUGAAAAAUUUUAAAACUCGUGAAGUUCAAAUUGAAUAUGAACAAAAAGGAUUUCAUUCUUAUAAUACCGUUAAAUUGGUAACAAUUGAUAACGAUCAAUUCAUUCAAGAUGGUUCCUCAAUUAAAUCAAAUAUAACAUUACAAGCAAAUACAACUGAAAAUUACAUUUAUACUGUUGAAUUAAUUCGUUAG